AUGAGUGAGUCAUAUUGUACAAAAGUUAUGAACUUCUUUAAAGGCAUGCGCCUUAAAUCCAAUCCAAAUUUGCCUGGGGCAAAACAAAAAACACCAUUUAAUAUUAAUAGAAUUUUUUUACUAAUAAUAAUAAUAAUAUAUACGGCAACAUCAGCAUGCAUAUAUUUUGAUUGGACAUCAAUACGAAAUUUAUUAUUAGCUGUAGGAAAAUAUAAACAUUUAAAUGUUACGGAACAUGCUGAUAUAACAUUAUCACCACAAUAUAAAAAAAUAAAUAAUUUAUAUCCUAUGACAUUAGCUAUACAUUUUACUAUGUCUGCUUUUUGUGGAUUUUUAUAUGAUCAUAUUGGGCCAAAAUUUACAGCAAUAAUUGGACAAGCUUUUAAUAUACUAUCAUGGAUAUUUUUAUCAAUUGACACUACAAAAGUUGAUACAACAUUAAUUGGAUUUAUAUUUUUAGGACUAGGAGCAGAUACUGCAUUCAUACCAAUACUUACAGUUUCAAAUUUAUUCCCAGAUAUGUCAACAUUUAUAUUAACAGUGAUUGGUGCUGCUGCAUCUUUAAGUUAUGCUGUCCCAACGACAUUAAAUUAUAUUUAUAAUAAAUAUCCAGAUCUUCCAUUUUAUUAUGUUUGCUAUGGAUAUAUAUUUACUAUAUUAAUCCCAUGUUUAUUAGUUGCAAUAUUUUUAUUGCCUGUAAAACCAUUUAAAGGUUUAGAUUAUUAUUUAGAAAAUGAAAAAGAAUCAGAGAAAGCAACGAUAGAUCAAAUAGUGUCGACUGAUGAUGUAGAAAUGCAACCACGUUCAAUCCAAAGUGAAAACAAACAUAUUUUGAACGAUGUAAAUAAAGAUAAAACUACUAAAAAUAUAAUAGAAGGGGAAGAUUUUCAUAAACAAAGUAUUAUAUUAUUCUUUAAAGUAUUAUUUAGUUAUCCAAGCAUUUGUAUAAUCGUAUAUUUUAUAUUAUUUAAUAUUUCUACAGUUUUUUAUGCUAUGGUUACAGAUAUAUAUUUUAGCUAUAAUAAAUCAUUAAUCAAUGUAAUUAACAUUUUAAUGCCACUAUCUUUUAUACCAUGUAUUAUAUUUGGAAGAUUUAUAAAUAAAUAUGGUGCUGCAAUUACUAUAAUUCUUAUGAAUGCAUGUUCAGCUCUUAUGCAUUUAACAGCUUUAAUUCAACAUCAAGUUACUGGAGCUAUUUCUGUAUUUUUAUAUAUGUGUGUAGCUAGUAUAUAUACUAGCCAAAUAUAUUGCUUUUUAUCAAAUGCUUUUCCUUCAAUUGUUUUUGGAAAACUUGUAGGUAUAACAAGCUUAUUUGGUGGAAUGUUUUCUUUAUUUUGUGAAAAGCUUUAUGAAAAUAUUUCAAAUUCAAGUGGUAAUAAAAAUGACCCAACCACCAUAUCAAUACUGUUAGCUAUUUUUUUUAUUAUUAUGUUUUUACCAUUAAGCAUUUUAUAUACUAGAAAUUAUGAAAAAAAUAUUGAGUCAGUAAGUUCAGAAAAAAAUCAAAUUCAAGCCUGA